UCUCAGAAUCAUUUUUCUUAAAAUUAUAUCUAAUUAUAACUUUAAUCUCAAAAUUCUCAGAAUUCUGACUUUUUCCUCAAAAUUUAGAUUUUUGAUGUCAGAAUAUUAAAGUUGAAUUUCUGUCAGCUAAUCCUAAUCCUUACCAGUUUCUCCUCCAUCAUUGCUACUAAAUAACAGCUUCAGGUUUCUGUGUCUUCUGCACCUCGUCUCCUCUUCAUUUAACGUAGAAUAAAAACUAGACAAUUUGUGAAAAAUGUGCACAAUCUCUGUUCAUACUUCAGUCUGAACAGGCAGAACCGAUCCAAAGUAAUCCGUCCAUGUUUACACUCCCAGUAAGUGGAUCAUGUCUUGUUUUGCUGAUGUCAUUUUGUCCUACAUCUGUUAUGGAUGCCAAAGUCGCGCCCUGACUCUCCACGCAGAUCAGUCUCUCUUUUUUUUUUGGGCCUGCUGCCAACUUUCAUCUGUCUCUGCUACAAAAAACACAUUCAGGAUUUAGCUCUGAUAUUCAGACGCGUGUUUCCCUGUGGAAACGACCACCCCCUCUUCAUCCCCCGGGAGAAUUAAUGAGUUCAGUAAAGAAGCAUUAGCUGCCCACCGCGUUGUUAUGGAAACUGGGCCGGCAUGGACACUUUCUCAUGGCCUCCGCUAGGAGAGCUUUUGUCUGCUCAGACACUGACAUGUGUUAGGGAGCGCUGGUAUUGAUCGCCAUGCAGCACUAAUGUAUUUACAAGUCACGGAAAGACUCCAUUUAUGAUGCUAAGCUAAAGAUGAAUCACAGGCACCAAAACGAUUCACAGUCCAGCAGCCUUGGUAAUUAUUUAUCAAGGCUACGUGAAUAAGGCUUUUAUUGUGUGUUUAUUUUGUAAAUAACUUCACUUUGUCUGAUUAAAAUUAGUCUAAAAUGUAACAGAAGAAAUCUGCGAAGAGGCAAAUACUUUUUUACAGUCAUGGCGCUUAAAGAUAGCAUUAAAGCUAAAGUUAACAUUACAGUAUACAAAAACUAGCUAAUAUUUGAAUCCAAAGUUUGUUUUGUCGCACAGAUAACUAAUAUUUUUGUAGUUUUUGGCACAGAUCAGUUGUAAGAAUAUUUGAAGUUAAAGUUAACAUGACAGCACAUCUAGGUAAUAUCAGACGUUAUCCAAAACUGGUAGUUAAAGUUAGCUUUCCAGGAUAUUUAGCUAAUAUUCAAAAUUAAAGUUAGCACUGCAGCACAAUUGGGUAAUAUAUGAUGCAAACCACAUCUGAAAGGUAAAGUUAGCACUACUGGACAGCUAGCUAGAAACAUUAGCAGAACUGGGAUUUAAAGUUAACACUACAACUGAAGUUUGUUUUGUAGCACAGAUAGCUAAUAUUUGAACUUAGCACUGCAGCAUAGAUAUCUGAGAUCAGAAGUAAGUAGUAUGAAUCAUAUAACUAAUAUUUGAAGUUGAAGUUAGCAUUUCAGAAACAAGCUAAUAUCAGCAGUUAGCCACAACUGGAAUUUAAAGUUCAUACUACAGAAAAACUAGCUAAUAUUUUAAUCUAAAGUUUGUUUUGUCUCACAGAUAACUAAUUGUGCACAUCAGUUGUUAUCGCUGUAAGAAUAUUUGAAGUAGACGUUUGCAUUGCAGCACAGCUGGCUAAUAUGGGGAGUUAACCACAUCUGGAAAUUAAAGUUAGCACUAUAUAUAAGAUAGCUAUUUAAUAUUUGAAGUUAAGGUUAGCAUCAUAGCAAAGUUAACUGCUAUUGGAAGCUAAAUCCUCCAGCGAUGCUAGUAGCUAAAGGAAGGUGUCACAGAUUUGCUGCUUCUUACACAAUUUCAGUCCAUUUUCUACUCUAGUUUCUACAGUUUCUACUCUACAAAGCUUCCUCACAUCUAAAGUUCAUCUUUAUUCAGAUAACAGCUGGAUAGUUUGUGCUGUGUUGUUGACGGGAGCAGUGGAAGUGGUCAAACUUUUGGUUGUUAGAGUUAGGGUGCUGGAGGGACAGCGCCCUCCAUUCCCGAACUGGGUGUGACUUCCAGGAGCUCUCCAAGGUUCUGAUCGGUCCAACCGGCUCCAGGCGGCGGCUGUCCAGCUGGAGAAAGGCAGCACUGAAGGAGGAGGAGGAGGAGAAGAAAAGGAGCGGCUCUGAGCGUCUGCAGGCAGGAGAAACGGUAACAAAAGAUGUCAACCGCCGGGGAAGUGCCCCCGUUUUUCCACAGCGUGGGUUCCGACAGCCCCAGCCGGCCCAGGCAGAAAUUCUGCGGCGUGUUCUGCCCGGUGGAGGGAUCCUCCGAGGCCAAGACGCUGGACUUUGACGCGCUGUCGGCGUGCAGAGGACGGAGCGCCGCCGGCGGCAGAGUCAUCGACCGGCAGAGCGACAUCUCCCAGCCCAGGAAGGUGGAGAUCCGGGAGAGCACCGGCAAGGAGGCGCUCCAGAACCUGGACGACAGGCGGAGUGACCGUCUCUUGAUCAAAGGAGCGAAGAUCGUGAAUGAUGACCAGUCGUUCUGCGCUGAUGUCUACAUGGAGGACGGCGUCAUUAAACAAAUCGGAGAGAACCUCAUCGUUCCCGGCGGGGUGAAAACCAUCGACGCCCACGGCGGCAUGCUGAUGCCCGGCGGCGUCGACGUGCACACGCGCUUCCAGAUGCCCGACCGGGGCAUGACGGCGGCCGAUGACUUCUACCAGGGAACCAAGGCGGCGCUGGCCGGCGGCACCACGAUGAUCAUUGACCAUGUGGUUCCCGAGCCCGGCGUCAGCCUCAUGUCCGCCUUCGAGCAGUGGCGCGAAUGGGCCGACGGCAAGUCCUGCUGCGACUACUCGCUGCACGUCGACAUCACCGAGUGGCACAAGGGCGUCCAGGAGGAGAUGGAGACGCUGGUGAAGGAUCACGGUGUCAACUCUUUCCUGGUCUAUUUGGCGUAUAAAGAUAUUUUCCAGCUUACUGAUGCUCAGGUGUACGAGGUGUUCAGCGUGAUCCGUGAUCUGGGAGCCAUUGCCCAGGUUCACGCCGAGAACGGGGACAUCGUUGCUGAGGAGCAGAGGCGGAUCUUGGAGCAGGGGAUCACCGGACCUGAAGGACACGUGUUGAGCCAUCCAGAGGAGGUGGAAGCAGAAGCUGUGAACCGCGCGGUGACGGUGGCCAAUCAGACGAACUGCCCGCUGUACGUUACCAAGGUGAUGAGCAAGAGCGCGGCUGAUGUCAUCGCUCAGGCGAGGAAGAAGGGCACUGUGGUCUACGGAGAGCCGAUCACGGCCAGCCUGGGGACAGACGGGUCACACUACUGGAGUAAGAACUGGGCCAAGGCUGCGGCUUAUGUCACGUCCCCUCCGCUGAGUCCCGACCCGGCCACUCCGGACUAUCUCAACUCCUUGCUGUCCUGCGGCGACCUGCAGGUGACAGGAAGUGCGCACUGUCCCUUCAACACGGCCCAGCGCGCUGUGGGGAAAGAUGACUUCACCUUGAUUCCUGAGGGUGUCAAUGGCACCGAGGAGAGGAUGUCAAUCAUCUGGGACAAAUGUGUGGUGACUGGUAAGAUGGACGAGAACCAGUUUGUAGCCGUCACCAGCACCAAUGCAGCCAAGAUUUUCAACCUGUACCCCCGCAAGGGCCGCAUCGCAGUGGGUUCGGACGCGGACCUGGUGCUCUGGGACCCGGACGUCACGAAGAUCAUCUCUGCCAAGAGCCACAACUCCACUGUGGAGUACAACAUCUUUGAAGGCCUGGAGGUGCGCGGUGGGCCUCUGGUGGUCAUCAGCCAGGGAAAGAUCGUUUUGGAGGAGGGGACUCUCCACGCCACUGAGGGCUCAGGACGCUUCGUGGCCCGUAAACCUUUCCCUGACUACGUCUACAAGAGGAUAAAGGCUCGCAGCAGGCUGGCCGAGCUGAGGGGUGUACCUAGAGGACUGUACGACGGACCGGUGUGCGAGGUGUCCGUCACCCCUAAAACCAUGACCCCCGUCUCUUCUGCGAAGACCUCACCUGCCAAACAACCCAACCAGCCUGUCCGCAACCUGCACCAGUCUGGCUUCAGCCUGUCCGGUGCUCAGAUCGACGACAACGUUCCACGCAGGAACACCCAGCGCAUUGUGGCGCCCCCGGGUGGCAGGGCCAACAUCACCAGCCUGGGUUAAAGCUCCGCCUGCCAAACCCUGACCCUUGACCCUGCCUAGGAGGAAAUUUGUCAAAGGAUGGCGUUCAGCCGGUGAGAUCAAGUUGAGAAGAGCCGAACCUUUCGCUGCGCCUCACCGUUGAUCCCGGCGCUUCCUCCUAUGCAGUUUUUCUCACCUACCAACUUUCCUGUUUCCCCAGCCUCUAUUGGACACAGUUAGAAAUAAAUAGAAAACAAACAAAAAGGAAGAAAAAGAAGAAAAUAACACUGCUUUUAGAGCACUUUUGGCUGCAUUUUUUUGUUAUUUUUAUAUAUUUUACUUACAUUUGUCCGUCUUAUUUUUUGGUUUGCAGUUUUUGUUGGGGGUUCAGGGGAGUCAAUUAGGACAAAAACGGUUGUGUUUGUGCAAGAUGCUGUAUUCCUGUUCAUUUAUUUUGCUUUUUGUUUCAGUUGUAGCUAAAAUGAAGAAUGGGUACCAAAUUGAUCAGUCUUAACAGUUUUGCAGCAGUGAGGUCAAGAAUCUCAAAUUGUGUUGAUAAUUUGCAAUAAAUGCUGCCUUAAGAGUUGAAAUACUUAGAGAUUUUUCAAAUCUUAUUUUUUGUUUUGUAUCUGUGGCGUGUGAUAGUUGGAAAACCGUCUCAUUUCAUUUCUGUUUUCGGUCAUAAUUGCUUUGCAGAACUGGUGGUUGAGGAGUUUUACUUUGUCAGACUUUGCCUUUCCAUGCCUUAUUGUCUCUUUAAAUCCUUUUCGUGAGAUCUGUCCCGCCUGGGAAGUCACUGAUUUUCCACUUUGUUUGCAUUCCUGAGUCACAAAGGUCCAAAUUUUACAGCGGAAGCUGCGAAAUUCGCAACCGUCCUCCACCAACCAACCAACUGCUGCUUUAGCAGACAGACUGUUUUCUACUCAUCAAAAUCUCUCCUUCAUUUUCACUUUUUAUGUGCCUGAACAAACAGAAGUUGUACUGAUAUUUUGAUUUUGUUCUCUUUUUUUAUUUGUUGGUGAAGUAAGUGAAGGAUGUAAGAUAAAAGAUGUAAAAUAGCCAGGAUUAACCGAUUCAAAGGUGCCAGAUUUUUGUGCUUUCGUAUGGGCUUUCCAGCCCUACGCGAAGGAAAAACGAGAUUGAUAUCUUGAAAUGUUCUAAUGUUUUAGAGUUUUUACCUUGUUGUCAAACUGCUUUUUAGUGUUAUUCUGUAACUAGGUGCCUAAGGGCUGAGCACUAUUGAUUUACGCUUGAACAUAGACAUGAGCUAACGUAGUUCUGACUGAUAUUUAGUGUUGAUGCGGAUGAGGGAUGGGACACCUACAGGAGGCGCUUGCUAAAAAAUUGUUCAUUUUUUAACCAAAUAUUUAGCUUGGCCUGAGUAUUUGCUACAUUGACGCUAAUGCUAUAGUACCAUUAGCAGACACUAAUACUUCAGUACCAUUAGCGUACAUUCUAGCAUUCACUAGUGUGAAUGCCAGCAUGCUACUAUUCAUCCACAAUAACAAUAGCCUAAUAACUAUUAUGCUAACACUAGUAUGCUAAUAUUGACAUCUAAGUAUUAGGCUCGGCUAAUGUCUGGAUAUUAGCAUGCUAACAACUGCUAUAGUAUGGUAAUGUUCAAGGCUAAUAAUUGUCAUUUUCAUGCUACUUCUGCUUUUGUUAGCAUCUUGAUUGAAAUGUAAAACCACAACCUGGAGUUGAUUGUUUUAGUAAAUUAGCUUUGGAUGUAAUUUUUAAUUUAAAGAUUUCUUUCGAUAGACAAUUCAUGCAAGUCUCUCUUUAUGCUAAUGCUAGUCUCAAUAACGCUAACGUCCACUGUCAUACUUAGUUGUAGUCUGUUAGGAUGCUAACUGCUGUUAAAGCCAAUAGUAGCAUCCUAAUUUAUAAUUUAUUAAUUAAAACAAAGACAUGCUAGUAAUAUACACAACAAAACUUUGCCUCAGACAACUAUUAGCGUAAUCUUACCAUAACAGUACCAGGCUAACUCAACAUCCACAGUGGCAGAUUAGCCACAGCUAAUUCUAAAAUCUAAAUGUUAGCAUGCUAGUAGCCAAUGUUAGCAAGCUUGUGUUCUCACCUGUAAAACUGCAAUUUUCAGAUUAAAAACACUCACUGUUUGUUGUUCUAGGAUUUUAGAAAUAUUAAAUGCAUAAAUCACAGAAUAAAAAGGACCAAAUUGUGAAUUAUUCCCAGGAACAGUUGGGUAAUAAUACCCACUACUUUUCACUCAAAGUAUCUUAAGUAAAUGAGUAAACAGUUGAAGUUUCAGUCAGUUCAUCAAUUAAGUCUAGGUUAAGCUUUUUAUUUUAAUCAUAUUGUCAAAGUAAAAGAUUUCAUUUGCAUUGAGUGGCUUUAGCUUUAAUGCCAGCUAGUCUGUGCUCAUCUGGCUUGUGAGUAGUGUUGAAUAAUAAAGCUCUACUUUUCUCUUUUGGCAUCCGUUACAUGAAGCAUUAUCCUAUUUGCAAUGACUGGAAGUCUUUUGAAAGCCCACUGUUUUUAAAGAUUUAUUAUGCAGUCGAGUUUGUCUAAAAAAACAGUAACACGACUUGGCAGCGAACCGCUGAACUUUUCCUCUCCCCACUCCUUUGGCUGUUUGUCAUGGCAACCCGGUGCUACAGCCGACAACUCUGUGCCGACAUAUUUUCUGAAUUAUGUUGUUGUGUGGACUCCAGAUUGUUCUGAAAAGAUUCUGCAGGCGCAGAAGAAUCUAAAAACGCCAAUCGUCUCCUCUGGCGUCCUCAGUGUGUCUCAUGCCUCCUCCGUUUACACGCCCAGUUUUACUCCUUCGAUGCUCUUUCAGCUUGGAUGUUUUCUUUCUAUGCCAUAUUAUGCUAACGCUAUACGAGUGACAUGUAUGUACCCAACAUGCUGCAGACUGACAGGUUCUUCCUUUCUGCUCUGAGGUUGUUGAUGCCGCCUUCCCCCCCCUGAGGCCCGUAGUCACCCCACACCUCCUCCUCUGUAAGCUCUCCCCCUACUUUUUGUGAAAGUGAAACUGUGUGAUGGUGUUUGUCCUGGUGGCUGUAGGGUUUCUGGGAUGCUUGCUUGUUAUGACGAAAAGAUCAUGUGGACAGCGGAAAAUAAAAUGAACGAAACAAGGA